AUGGAUUCCGCAAGGAGAACCCCAAAACUCUAUUCCAUGAAGCUACGAAAUACUUCACCUACGCCUCCACGUUGGCACUACGACGUCUUUUUGAGCUUCAGAGGCGAAGAUACCCGCAAAACCUUCAGUGGCGAUCUCUACAAGGCUCUGAUUGAAGCCGGAAUCCACACAUUUAAAGACGACGAUGAGCUGCCUAGAGGUAAUGAUAUUCCGUCGGGAUUGAUAAAAGCAAUCAAGGAAUCAAGGACAUCGAUCGUGGUUUUCUCGAAGGAGUAUGCAUCGUCGAAAUGGUGCCUUGAUGAAUUGCUGGAGAUUUUGGAUUCUAAAAGAACCGUCGAUCAGUUGGUUUUUCCGGUGUUUUAUGAUGUCCAUCGGGAUGAUGUUCGCCGGCAAACUGGAAGCUUUGAAUCGGCUUUUGUAAGACAUGAAGAGCGAUUUGAUCGGAUUAAGGUGGAAGAGUGGCGACGUGCGAUGACGGAGGCGGCAAGUUUAGAUGGUUGGGAGUUUAAUUACGACGCAAGCAGGCGUGAAUCAGAAUUUGUUCAAAGAAUUGUAAUGAACGUGCUACAUAAGAUAAAACGAAAAUUGUUUGUAGCCAAGCAUCCGGUUGGAUUGGAUUCUCUUAUUGAAGAGCUAAAAUCAUUACUCAAAAGAUGGGUAGACAAUAGUUGUGUACUUGGGGUGUAUGGUAUUAGCGGUGUUGGAAAAACAACUCUCGUUAAAGAAUUUUAUAAUACGAUCACCCAUCAAUAUGAAGGUAGUUGUUUUCUUGCACGUGUUGGAGAUAAAUUAAAACAACCUAAUGGACUUGUUCGUUUACAAGAUGAACUCUUGUAUGAGCUACAAGGAAAGAGUUAUGUGAAUUGUGAUAUCGACAAGGGAAUUAAUCUAAUAAAAGUCAAACUAGGAUUUACCAAAGUCCUUAUAGUUCUUGAUGGCAUUGACGAGUUAAGUCAAAUGAAUUCCUUAAUCGUUCAAUCUUCAUGGUUAGGUAGGGGAAGUAUGAUUGUCGUUACGAGUAGAAGUGGAUAUAUUUUGGAUCAAGCACAAGUUGACAUAAGAUAUGAGGUCAAGGAGUUAGAUUUCAAAGAAUCGUUUAUGCUUUUCUCUCAGUAUGCUUUCCAAAGUUCAACUCCAUUGCAGUCUCAUAAGGAUAUUUCGAAAGAAAUUGUGAAUUGUAGCGCACGAACUCCCCUGCAUAUUGAGGUUAUUGGUUCUUUGUUAGUCGGAAAAUCAGUGAAUGAAUGGAAAAGUAUGCUUGAGAAAUUAAAAAAACAAGUAAUGAUCAAGAAAGUUGAAAAAUAUUAG